AUGGCACAAAGUAAAGUGUCUUACCGGGACGAACUGGCUUUGUUAGUUCGUAAACGUGGCACAAUUAAAGCGCGAUUAACAAUAUUCAAAGAUUAUCUCUUGGUUAUUGAACAAAUUGAAACCGAUACCAUCACGACAAAAAGUAUAACUGAUAUUAAUUUGAGACUAACAAAAAUAAAGGAAUUAUUCUCAGAUUUUGAAAACGUACAAACUCAAAUAGAAGUAUUAGAUUUAGAAAGUAAUUUAGAUAAACGCUUACAAGAGAGAAUCGAAAUUGAAAGCCAGUUCUUCGCGGUCAUGUCUAGUGCCCAGGACAUAGUGUCAAAACGCGAGGAGCGCGACAAGGCUGCCCAGCGUAGACUUUCACAUGGAAGUAACUGUAGUAAUAACAACAAUAAUAAUAACCACUUAAAUAAUCAAAUUCGAUUGCCAACUAUAAAAUUACCGAGUUUUGAUGGAAAUUAUUUGAAAUGGCUUGAAUUUCGGGACACCUUCGACUCGCUCAUCAAUGCGAAUGACACUAUACCUGACAUCAGCAAGUUCCACUACCUCAGGUCUUCUCUAGAGGGUGGUGCCGCUGUCACAAUAAAAUCAAUUGAGUUUACCAGUGAAAAUUAUCAGAUUGCCUGGGAACUACUGUGCAACAGAUAUAAUAACAAAAACGUAUUGAUUAAUAACCACCUCAAAUCAUUAUUCAGCCUCGAAUCUUUCAAUAGGGAGUCGCAUAGAUCACUCAGGUACAUUAUAGAUCAUGUUUCAAAGAAUUUGAGGGCUUUAAAUACGCUCGGUGAGCACACUGAUAAGUGGGAUAGUCUUGUAAUUUAUAUUAUAGUGCAAAAGCUAGAUAGUGUAACUAGCAUUAAGUGGGAAGAGUACAAAGCGAACCUUGGUGGGUCUAUAGAACUAGAAGACUUUUACCGGUUUUUAAGACAACGUGCUGAUAUUUUAGAGACCGUCCAAAGCGGCUCUAGAGCAAUUCAGGUUAAUAGAAGUGAAAGGUUUGUUAGUAAUAAGGAACCAAGACACAUUAAAACUUUUUUCUCAUCUAUGCCAAAGAAGUCAUGUUUUAUGUGUAAUAAGAAUCAUCGUGUGUAUGAAUGUGAUCAAUUUAAGAAUUUGAGUAUCGAAGCCAGGCAAGCAGAAGUUUCAAAACGCAAGCUCUGCUUCAAUUGUCUUCGUCCAGGUCAUUCCAUUUCCAACUGUCGUCUCAGCUCCUGCAAAGUCUGUAAUAAAAGGCAUAAUAGUUUAUUGUGUCAUAAUAAUAAUAAUCAUAAUAAUAGUGUCAAUAAAUUAAUACGAAACGGAAGUAACUUGAACUUACAAACUAACGAGGUAAAACAAAACACUAGCCAUGAAAAACAAAAUUUGAAUACUGUGGCUAGCACUAGCGCUGUUCUGACUACACUUACCUCAUGCUCGAGUAAUAGCGAAGUCCUCCUGGGUACUGCAGUGGUUCAAGUCGUCGAUGAGCGUGACAAUAGUACUUACCCGGCGCGCGUUCUUUUAGACUGUGGAAGUCAAAGUUCGUUUGUCACUGAUCACCUGAAAAAUAAACUUAAAAUUAAAACUAAUAGUACUAAGUCACGAUGUAUAAGUGGACUGAACAAUUCGAUAUCUACAGCCACUGAAUAUUGUACAUUAAAAUUAAAGUCAAGAAUUAAUGCCUACACUACGGACGUACAUUGUAUGAUUAUAUCAAAUAUUUCAGAAAACUUACCUAGUGUAGAAAUCAAUCCCGAGGAGUUAAACAUACCCAGCAAUACUGCACUCGCCGAUCCAAACUUUCAUAAAAGUAACAAAGUUGAUAUAUUAAUUGGGUCCGAUGUGAUGUGGAAUAUUGUUAAGGGUGGUUGCCAGAUAUCAUUAGGUGAAAAUAAACCUAAGUUAAUUUAUUCGAAGUUUGGAUGGUUGGUUGCAGGGCCCAUGACUCUGACCAUGCCAUCUGUGAAAUCUAUAUGUCAUUUUAGUCAGGAAAUUAAAGACUCACUUUCUAAAUUUUGGGACUUGGAAAAUUUUAUAAUGCCAAAACGAUCAUUGUCAAUAGAUGAACAAAUUUGUGAAGAUUCCUUUAAUGAAAAUACAAUUCGCUUACCGUCUGGUAGAUUCCAGGUAAAAAUGCCCUUGCGCGAGGCUCCUCAGGCUCUCGGAGACUCUUACUCACUUGCUAAGAGAUGUUUUUUAAAUUUAGAAAGGCGUUUUCAAAAGCAGCCGAAGUUGAAGGAAAUGUAUAGUGAUUUUAUACAUGAAUAUGCCACAUUAGGUCAUUUAACAGAAAUAGAUAGGCCAUCUACUGGAAAUUAUUUACCUCAUCACGCCGUGCUGCGAGAGAAGAGCGAGACCACAAAACUUCGGGUCGUUUUUAACGGCUCUGCUCGCACAGCAUCAGGUAAAUCGUUAAAUGAUAUCCAGUACGUGGGCCCGGUCGUACAAAACGAUUUGAUGUCAAUUUUGUUGCGAUUUCGCCAGCAUAAGUAUGUAUUAUCGGGGGACAUUGAGAAAAUGUUCCGUCAGGUUAUGCUGGAUGAAGCGCAACGUCACUUACAGCUUAUAUUAUGGCGAGACAAUGAAACUCAGCCUUUGCGAACAUUACAACUCAAUACUGUAACGUAUGGGACAGCAUCGGCCCCUUAUCUGACCACCAGAUGCUUAGUUCAGUUAUCAACGGAGUGUUCAGACAAGCGAGUAGCUAAUAUUAUAAAAAAUGAUUUUUAUUGUGACGACCUUAUAACCGGUUGUGAUAACAAAACUGAACUCAAAUACUUACGUGAU